AUGUCGAAGGACGCUACCCUCGAACAGUUGGUGCAGAAGGCGGUGGAAACUGCUGAGACAGCCCAAAAAGGUAUGUUUGUCUCGAAAGAGAUAACUAAUACCCGUGACAUGGUUUCACCUGUCACGGGAAAAGUGAAUAUUGAGUCGGAAUCACCCUUGAGUGACGCCGACUUAAUCAUACCCGAACUCAUGGAAUUACACCUUCCAGAUCGGGAUUUGUCGGAGCUCGAAUAUGAGUCUCUGCAAGAGUUGCUGAGAAGCAACGAGGAGGAGGAACCAAUGGAUGUGGCCAUCGCGGAGGAGGUCACCACCACGGUGAUCACACCACCACCCUCCGUGACAACCACCCCAGCGGAGCAGGGUCCACUUCCGGGUGCAGGGAAGCGGGCCGAGGAGACGGGGAAGGUCCCCUCCCCUGAGGUAGAUGAUGCUGCCUUGCUGCAGUCGCUUGUGGAGGCGCUUACGCGUAAUCCACAGCUACUAGGCAAGGUAGCAGAGAAAAUUUUACCUCUUCUUCCCCAGGGAACGUCGCAGUCCUCGGAGGUCCCGAGGACGGAGACGACCCUGAAGAAAAAGAGGGAAAAAGCGAAGCCGACGGGGAAGAAAACUCCCCGCCCAAGGACUGAGAAGUCCUUGGGAGAAGAGGCCUUGUUGCGGCACCAGUUGUUGCAACAUGGUGGCGAAGGGCCGUCGGGAUCGUCCUCCGGGACGAGAAUCCCGAAGAGGAAGACUCCUGGGGACAGUGAGAGUGUCCCCAGAAAAUCGCAGCUCACCCCCGAGCCUCACCCCGAGGAUGAGCCAGCGAGAAAAAGAAGCCGUACCGGACUUGCGCCAGCCAGAUUAUGCUGGAAUUGUCGCAAGCCCGGACAUAACGGAAAGGAGUGCCCGGAACCGCCCACCACCUACUGUAGGGGGUGUGGAAGGCCGGGUAAAGAGCGGAGGGACUGCCCAGUCUGCGAGAAGCAGAGGAAAGCGCGUGGGCCCUGGAUCCCGGAGUUCGGGAGGAAUGUCCCUCGGGACAUCCUCAAGGCGAUGGGCCAGGCCCGGAAACUCCAGCAGCGGGAAAAGGCAGAGAGGAAGCCAACCCCCGAGAAACCGGAGACGUCCAGGACUCCGAAAACCUCCAGGAGGUCGGAGGAGGCUAGGACGAGGAGAAAAGAGCUGAGGAAGUUGCGCCGAAAGGCUCAACAACUCACUCUUAAUCCAGUGGAGAAAAUGGAGGAAACUCCAUCCACGGGAAAAGAGGAGAAACCAGUCUGA